ACUAUGCCUGCUUGAUUAUUCAUCUGCAAAUACCCCCUUUAAGAGGAUUCUGAUUUCCCAAUGGAAUCAUAUCUAAAAUGGUAUUUCCCAACCUUAUUGAAACUGUCGCAGUCAUCUGUUCUGUACGACAAAUCUAUUAUGUUAAUAUUACAGUAUGUAAAGCAGUAACAUGCACCCUUUUCAUUGGGAAGAAAGUAGUCACAUGGCUUACUGAACACUUCCAUACUCACUGAGACGCGCAGGUGGCCAACACGCAGGAUUCAGGAGCUGCAGUCAUGGGAUAUCACCUUCCACUUCUGUUCCUUCUGGGUUUGGAAGUUUGUUUUUCUUUUGUCACUGGUCAGAACACGUGUGGUCAGUUCUCCUACCACCGUCACACGGGCCUAGAUGACAAGACUUUCUCUCAAGAUGGGUUACUGGUAAAAGUCUACACUGUUGAGAAAGCCUUGGUCGAGUGUUCUUCCGACUGUUUCCAUGACCCAAACUGCAACAUGUUUGUACUUAAAUCCACCUCAGGGAGUGUCGGAUGUACAAACGGUCUUUCGUCGACUCCACACAUGCCUCAUCGGCCUCUGGUUUUCGAUACUAUGGUGCGUCCUGUACAAUGUACAAGUCCAGCAACCAGUGCCAGGCUGGAUUUUCCCUUUAUCCAGGCACAGGUCCAGCGGAUGCCCACUGCUACAGCGCCGCUGGGCUCUGGGUACUGACGGGAUCCAGUAGCAACGUGUGCAAGCAAGACGAGUGGAUCAACACGACUGAAGUUAGUAUUCCCCUUCCAGCGCCCAUUGUGCCAGGAGUAACAAUCGACAUCCGGGGUUCCAGGAAGAAUAAUUCAGAAUUGUUCAGCGCACUUCGCCAGUCAGGAAGCACCAUGGAAACAACCCUUCUUAGAGUGAUGCCCGACGACGAUACUAUAUUUGGAGUGUAUACCAGUAUCACGUGGGUGGGCUCCUACACCAUCCCGAAUUUUCCCAUUGCUCCGGAGGUAGUGUUCGACUUGAAUGUGGUUGUCACAGAGUUGCAAUUCAAGGUGAAGCUGAACGGGAAUAUCCUGACAUCAUUUGACAUCGGAAAUCCCCUGAACGUAUCAACGUUAAUACAGAUGUACUACUGGCGGUCUGUGGAGCGGGUCAAGCUGACCUACCCUUGAAUACAGACACAGCACAAUGACUGAUUCGGGCUUUUCGCUGCUUCGUUUCAGUGAUAUCAUUUUGAGGCGCCCAUUAAUUGUGUAUUUCAUAUUUUAUGUUAUCAAAAAUGUAUUUAUUGAUAUCAUAAAAUGAAUAAUUAAUUAUCAGA